AUGGCCCGCAUCCGACAGGGCGUGCUCGACGCCGCCGCAACACCAACGGUGCAACAGAUCACGCCGGUGGUCGCGAGCGUCGACGCGCACAACGGCUUCGGCUUCGUCGCCGCACACGCGGGCAUGCAGCGCGCCGUCGCCAUGGCGCAGACCUUCGGCAUCGGGCUGGUCUCCGUCAAGCACUCCAACCACUUCGGCAUGGCCGCGUGGAUCGUGCAGCAGGCGCUCGACGCCGGCAUGCUGUCGCUGGUGUUUACGAACUCGUCGCCCGCGCUGCCGGUCUUCGGCGGCGCGGAGAAGCUGAUGGGCGUGUCGCCGCUUGCGUGUGGGGCGCCCGCCGGCGCCGCGCCGCCGUUCAUCCUCGAUAUGGCGCCGUCUGUUGCGGCGCGGGGCAAGAUCUACAAGGCGCUUCGGCGCGGGGAGGAUAUCCCCGGCGACUGGGCGCUGGAUGGGGAGGGUCGGCCCACGACCGACCCGGCGAGGGCCCUGGAGGGCGUGAUGUUGCCCAUGGGCGGGCCGAAGGGGUCGGCGCUCGCCAUCAUGAUGGAUGUGUUCUCGGGCGUGUUGUCCGGGUCGGCGUUUGCGGGACAUGUCACGGGCCCGUAUGACCCGUCGCGGCCGGCGGAUGUAGGCCAUUUUCUGGUGGCGAUCAAGCCGGAUUUGUUUAUGGGGUUGGAGGAGUUCAAGGGGCGCAUGGAUUAUCUGUAUCAGCGGGUGGUGGGGAGCGAGAAGAUGGCGGGCGUGGAGCGAAUUUACUAUCCCGGGGAGAUUGAGCAGAUUACACAGGCGGAACGGCUGGCUAAGGGGAUUCCGUUUACGGAGGCGGAGAUUGAGGCGCUAAACAAGGAAGCGGAGCGCGUGGGAGUAGACAAGUUGGCGUUCACAUAG